GAUGGAAACCCGAGCGGCGCUUCGAGGCCGGAGCGGGAGGCGGCGGCGGGGCCGGCGGCGGCCGGGCGGCGGAGCUUAGGCUCGGCGGGCGGCGGGGCGCCGGCGGCGCCGCCAUGAACGCCGCGGUGGUGAAGCGGACGCAGGAGGCUCUGGGGAAGGUGAUCCGGAGGCCGCCGCUGACGGAGAAGCUGCUGAACAAGCCCCCGUUCCGCUACCUGCACGACAUCAUCACGGAGGUGAUUAGGAUGACUGGUUUCAUGAAGGGCCUCUACACGGAUGCUGAGAUGAAGUCUGAUAAUGUUAAGGAUAAAGAUGCAAAAAUUAGCUUCCUGCAGAAGGCCAUAGACGUGGUGGUCUUGGUUUCAGGAGAGCCACUGUUGGCAAAACCAGCGCGCAUCGUGGCUGGGCACGAGCCCGAACGCACAAAUGAGCUGCUCCAGAGGAUUGGAAAGUGCUGUCUCAGCAAGCUCUCCAGUGACGACGCGGUGAAGAGAGUGUUGGCUGGAGAGAAGGUGGAUACGAAGGGAAGGAUCUCGCUGACAUCGAAAUCUCAAGAAUGGGACAAUAAGAAUGCGAGAGAAGAGCCCAAAGUUCAUAAAGAUAAAGAGGAUAGAAGAAACUCUGAAAUAAAUGAGAGAAGUACAAGCAGAGAUCGAAAACAGAAAGAAGAAUUGAAAGAAGAAGGCAAACCAAGAGAAAAGGAAAGAGACAAGGAGAAGACCAAGGAGAAUGACCGCGACAGACAUAAAGAUGCCGAGAGAGACAAGCACCGAGAGGGAGAGAGGGAGAGAACCAAGGCCAGGACCAAGCCAGAGAGAGACCGAGACAGAGACAGAGGCAACAGAGACCGGGACAAAGAUGGGGACCGCGAGAGAGAGAGGAAGAACGAGGGAGGAAGGGAAAAGGAGAGAUGGAGAGACCGGGAGAGAGAGCGCGAGCGAGACAAGGGCAGGGACAGGGACAAGGACAAGGACAGGCGGAGGGUGAGAAACGAGGAGCCUUCCAGGGACCCCGACAGGGAAAAGAGCAGAGAGCAUGAUAAACCGGAGAAAAAGUCAUCAAGUUCAAGGGAGGUGUCUAAAAAGUUGACAGAUGGCUCUUUUAAAGACUCCAAAGCUGAAACAGAGACUGAUAUUUCCACUAGAGUAUCCAAGACAGUGACAACAAAGACAUCAAAGCGGCGAUCCCAAAAUUCAGUGGAAGGCGACUCUCCUAGUGAUGCAGAAGGAGAAGUCGGACCUUCUGGCCAAGACAAGUCUGAGGUGUCCGAGAAUCCCGAGGUCCCUAACGAGCCCUCAUCCAGCCUCAGAAGAAUGCCUCGGCCUGGGAGUGCGAGACCAGCGCCCCCCCGAGUGAAACGACAGGAGAGCGUGGAGGUGCUCACGACAGACAGGAGCCAAGAGACAGGGAGUGGUAAAACCGUCUCAAAUGUGAUUAUAGAUUCGCAGAAUUCUGACAAUGAGGAAGAUGAUCAGUUUGUGGUGGAGGCUGCCCCCCAGCUCUCUGAGAUGUCAGAACUUGAAAUGGUACAAGCGGUGGAGGUGGAGGAAGAUGAGAAGCACGGAGGACUUGUCAAAAAAAUUCUGGAGACGAAGAAAGAUUAUGAGAAGUUGCAGCAGCCACCCAAACCUGGAGAGAAGGAGAAAUUGCUUGUCUUUGAGUCGGCGUGGAAGAAGGAGAAGGACGUUGUUUCCAAGGAGAUAGAGAAGCUGCGUGCGUCCAUCCAGACCCUGUGCAAGAGUGCGCUCCCCCUGGGGAAGAUCAUGGACUACAUCCAGGAGGACGUGGACGCCAUGCAGAACGAGCUGCAGCUGUGGCACAGCGAGAACAAGCAGCACGCCGAGGCCCUGCAGAAGGAGCAGAGCGUCACAGACUGCGCUGUGGAGCCCCUGAAGGCUGAGCUGGCGGAGCUGGAGCAGCUGAUCAGAGACCAGCAGGACAAGAUCUGUGCCGUGAAGGCCGCCAUCCUGAGGAACGAAGAGAAGAUCCAGAGGAUGGUGCGCAGCGUCACUCUGAGUUCCAGGCGGUGAGCGCUCGCAAGUCUCAGACUGAAGUCCUCCUCAGCUUGAAAACAGGAAGACGGAGCAUCGUUACUCUUGACGCUUCAGUUUGCAAAGAACGGACAGUUUACAAUGUUGUCCAACUAAUUUCCAGAGCUUUAAAACUUUAGGCGCAUUCACUGUAUAAAGACCGUGUUUUCUUAUCUUCUUCCAGCUAGAAUACUUGCUAGUUAUAAAUAGCUCUUCAAAACGCCCGUGUGCGGACUUUCUUUGGAAGCCUGUCGUGUGUCUCUGCAGGAGCCCGCUUUGUUGAGUUCUGAGCAGACCUGUCCAGCAGGGGAGUGGCGUUGGCACGCCAGGGCCACAGGAGUCCUUGGGUUCAGUCUUUAUGUCUGUUGGCAGGACCUGUGUGCGUCAAGCCUGAGUGAAGGGAGACUGAACUUUUGAUAGGCACUUUUUAAACAGAUGAGGCCUGAGAAUGAAUGAAUUCAUUUUUACCUCAUUUCCACUUGAAAAGGGUUAAUUUAGCCCGUGUCUUUAUAAGGUACGUGUGAACUUUUUUUAACGUCUUUGUAAUUGCAUAUACUUCUUUGGGUAAUUUUCUUUUUGGUCCCUAUUAUCUUUUGCUUGUGUUUCUACUGUUAGAAAAGGAGGUUUCAGUGUGAUCUUCAUGCACGUCGUCUGCCCAUGAGAUUGUCACGGGCUGUAUCCUCACUUUCUUCAGCGUUUUGUCCCUUGGUUUCCCCACGUGAAUACUCGAGUAGCUCCACAGGGCUCCUUGUUCUCUUUAAAGAGGGGCUUGCUCUCCAGGGCGUGGGCACCACUCCCUUGCCUUCGCCUGCUCUCGAGCCCUGUGUGCCUGGGAGAGUCAGCGCAGGGAAGAUGCAGAAGACGACCGACAAGGAUGCACUAAUGUGCAAAGUGUUUUUGCUGUUACCGUUUUUUGGAAAUUGUUUUUUAAAAGCAAAAGUUUUUUUAAAACAUGGUUUAUAUUUAGUUUUUCAUUUACAUAUAAUAUUGUACAUACUGAAUGCUUCUACUUGUGUAUAAAGGAUCUCACUGUUUGGGGACAUACUUACGGGUCUGAAGGUCUGGGUUCUGAUACUUUUAUUUCUAGAUAUUGUAUGUAUUAUGUAAACCAAGGAAUGCCAUUUGAAAUGUUAGAAUGGCCUGAGAAAGUUUUGUUUCUCUAAAUGAGUAGCGCAGAUGGCACAGUUAAGCUUUUCUUAAUGUAAUUUCCAAAAUAAGUUCUUUACUAAGUUAGUUCUAUGAUUUUCUAAGCUGAGUAAGUUCCAGAUCAGAUUGUUGAGAUCUGCCAUUUGAGACAUCGGUCCUUUUCUCCUUUCUGUGGUGCACCAUGCAAUUCUGUGGAUCAGGUUAUACUAAGUACAUUAUUGGAGAAGGUGGGGCGUGUUAGUUAACUGGUCCUUCCUGUACUUAUAAUCUCUGUUCUGCUGAGUCGAAUGGCUUAGCCACAACCCUGAAUGGACCCUGUUUUGCUUCAAGUUAAGAUGUCUGCCUUUUAUGAAUUUGUAUAUUUGACUAGAAUUUUUGUGUUGCAAAAAAUUGCAUACCUUAUAUGUGAGUAAAAUUUUGUAUGAAGUAGUCUGUUAAAUUGUAUCGAAAAAUUUAUUUUUCUUUUAUACAUAAAUCAUUAAAAAUAAUCACAUUUUUUU